UUGAAUAAAAACAAUCAGUCCGAUAAAACACUCAGCUGCUUUUUCAUCAUAAAAUAUAGCGAACAAGUUGCUUCGAUUGACAAUUCAAGAUGCAUUUUAGGAUUGAUUUUACUUUAAUCUGUUUUUUAUUUGUCAUCAGCGAUAUCAUAAGUAAAGAAAUACCUAUAUUAGAUUCUACCAUCGCUUGUGGUCCAACGCAACCGCUGAUAGUAACACAAAAAUUAGGAUUUUUGGUUUCACCAAGAACUGAAAAUUUCAACUACUAUCCACCUAACCAAAAUUGCACAUGGACUUUGAAGACACCAGAAGGAAAGGUUUUUGUAUUGCAAAAAAUGUACUUUGCAUUAAAUAUGGACUGCAACAGUGAUGUCUUAAAUGUUUUUGAAGGAGAACCACCGAACCACAGAAAAAUUGGUCGAUAUUGUGGGUACUGGGUUCCGGCGCGAUAUAAAUCCAGGAGCAAUAUUUUGCAUCUUAAUUUUCUCAGUGGUAGAAUUCCAAGAGGCAUCGGAUUUCAAUUCUAUUUCCAGCAAGAAGAUCCAACAGUAAUCUGCAGUGAUGAUGAAAUUACCUGUCGUCACAAAACGAAAUGUGUACCAAAAUUUAAAAAAUGUGACGGUAUCGAUGAUUGCGGCGAUGGCACAGAUGAAGAAAAAUGUGAUCCAAAAGAUAACACUACUACUAACUGUGGCAUCCCUAGCGUGAAACCAGUUCUUGAAAGUUAUCGCAUUGUUGGUGGGAGGAGGGCUGUCCCUGGAAGCUGGCCUUGGCAAGUGUCGUUGCGUUUGAUAGGCAAUGAGCCAUUCAGCCACGCUUGCGGAGGAGUGUUAAUUGACAAACAAUGGAUUCUUACUGCUGCACACUGUUUUCAAGACAAUAAUUUAGACGUUCUAAGAUGGAGCGUAUUAUUGGGCAAGCAUUUUCGGCUGAUUCCUGAUGAAACAGAACUAAUACGAUAUAUGGAAUCCAUACAUAUUCAUCCUGAAUAUGAAGGCCUUAAGCCAUAUGAGCCUUCACAAACGUGGCUCCAAAGGAAGCAACAUGACCUUGCUGCGGUGAAACUGAAUGCUCCAAUAACAUUCACAGAAUACAUAUCCCCUGUAUGCUUACCUCCUGCAAACUAUACAAUACCAGUUGGAACACUGUGUUACGUAACUGGAUGGGGAGAUACUUAUGGUACCGGUUCAGAAUUGGAAUUAAAACAAGCUGCAGUACCUAUUGUAUCCCUGGAACAGUGUCGAAAAUGGCACAAAAACCUUGAUGUGGUCCCGACGAUGGUGUGUGCAGGAUAUGCUGAUGGUGGGCAUGACUCAUGUGAUGGUGACAGUGGAGGUCCAUUAGUUUACUCAGACAACAAAAAUGUCUGGCUCCUCGCUGGCAUUGUUUCUACUGGAGGUCCAAUAUGCGCAGAUAAAGAGCAACCUGGAAUAUACACUUUGGCACCUUGCUAUGUGGAUUGGAUUCACAGCAUAAUCAAUGAAACUAUACCAUCAGUGAAUAGUACAAUUGCUUGUGGAUCAGAGCAACCAUUGGUGGUAACACAAAAGUUAGGGUUUCUAGUUUCACCAAAUUUUAAUAAUUUUCACUCUUAUCCACCGAACCAAAACUGCUCAUGGACACUGAAAGCAUCAAAAGGAAAGGUAUUUUUGCUCCAGAAGAUGUACUUUGCUUUAAAUAUGGAAUGCAAUACAGAUAUUCUGUAUCUCUUUGAGGGAGAGCCACCAAAUCACAAGAAAAUAGGUCAAUACUGUGGAUAUUGGGUACCUUCAAGAUACAAAUCGAAGAGUAAUAUAUUGCAUCUUAAUUUUAUCAGUGGCAGAACACCAAGAAACGUUGGAUUUCAGUUUUAUUUCCAGCAAGUUGAUCCCACAGCGAUUUGCAAUGAUGAAGAAAUAACAUGCCGCCAUAGAACAAAAUGCAUACCAAAAAGUAAGAAAUGUGACGGAAUUGAUGAUUGUGGAGAUGGCACAGACGAAGAAAAAUGUGGACAAAAGAAUAUCUCUCUGAGCAUUUGCGGUGUGCCAGUUGUGAAACCAAUUUUAGAGAGUUCGCGCAUUGUUGGAGGCAGAAAAGCUGUCUCUGGAAGUUGGCCUUGGCAAGUGUCACUUCGUCUAAUUCAAGAGGAGCCUUUCGGUCAUUGGUGUGGUGGAGCCUUAAUUAACAAGCAGUGGAUACUCACAGCUGCACACUGUUUUAAAAAUAAUAAUCUGGACGUCAGAAGAUGGAGCAUUCUACUUGGUAAACACUUUCGCAUUGUUCCUGAUGACACAGAACAAAUUCGGUACAUAGAAUCUGUAUAUGUUCAUCCUAAAUAUAAAGGUUUUAAUGAGUCUUUGGUUUCAAUGUCAUGGCUAGAAAGGAAGCAACAUGAUAUUGCUCUUAUAAAGCUGAAUGCUCCUGUAACCGUCACCGACUACAUUUCUCCAGUAUGCUUGCCCACUGCAAACUAUACCAUACCCGUUGGAACGAUUUGUUACGUGACUGGUUGGGGAGAAACUUAUGGUACAGGCUUCGAAUUAGAGUUAAAGCAAGCCGCUGUUCCAAUUGUGUCGUUGGACCAGUGCCGGAAAUGGCAUCCGUCCUUUGAUGUGGUUCCAUCUAUGGUUUGUGCUGGAUAUGCUGAAGGUGGACACGAUUCCUGCCAAGGUGAUAGCGGCGGUCCUUUAGCCUAUGCAGAUGAAAAGAACACUUGGAACCUUGCCGGAAUCGUAUCUACGGGUGGUGCAGUAUGCGGAGACAAAGAACAACCUGGAAUAUACACUUUAGUGCCUUAUUAUAUAGACUGGAUAGAAAAUACAAUCAAACUGAAUACUUAAAAACUGAAUGAAUUUAUGUCUCCAACAGAUGUCUUUGUUAAACAGAAUUUCAUUUCUGAAAUAAAAAAUUAUUUCAUUAAAGUAAAUUUUAUUUUA